UUUUUCUCGAGCGAAUGUGUUUGCGCUGUUUUUUGGUACUUUCACGAGCGAAUAUGUUUACGCUGUUUUAUGUUAUUUUUCUCGAGCGAAUGUGUUUACGCUGUUUAUGGUACUUUCACGGGCGAAUAUGUUUACGCUGUUUUAUGUUAUUUUUUCUCGAGCGAAUGUGUUUGCGCUGUUUUUUGGUACUUUCACGAGCGAAUAUGUUUACGCUGUUUUAUGUUAUUUUUUCUCGAGCGAAUGUGUUUGCGCUGUUUUUUUUUUUUGAUACUUUCACGAGCGAAUAUGUUUACGCUGUUUUAUGUUAUUUUUUCUCAAGCGAAUGUGUUUGCGCUGUCUAUGGUACUUUCACGAGCUAAUGUGUUUUCGCUGUGUUUACGCUGUUUAUGGUACCUUCACGAGCGAAUAUGUCUUCGCUGUUUAUGUUAUUUUUCUCGAGCGAAUGUGUUUACGCUGUUUAUGGUACUUUCACGAGCGAAUAUGUUU